UAUUAUGUAGUUUCUUAAUUUGGAGAUAACAAACGAGGCACUUUUUGAGUGACAGACAGAUAAGACAUGUCGGCGGCUCUGAUCGAAAAAUGAACCACCCAAGCAGAAAAGAACGAAAGCCACCAACUUCACUUCCAUUCCUGCAACAAUUUCUCAUCAAUUUUGCUUCCUCUGCCUACUACUGCUUCUACUCCAAAACGCCGCCGUCGCCUCCCUCAGAUGAUAACUCUCUGAAAUUCUCCGUAUUUUUCUCCUGAAACGGAGGGCACCACCGUCAUUCAAACAACUUAUAAAUAACCCACAUCUCUCUCUCUCUCACGCUCAUUUCCACAAACACGUCAACUUCGUUCUCAUCUCUUUACCUUCUUCUUCUUCUUCUUCUUCUACUUCUUCAAUGGCGGACUCAGACACUAAAACCGCCAUUUCGGAACUCUUAAUAGAUGGCAACGUCCUGGCUGCCAAGGCCCUGGCUCGAUUCGGCAUCGACCGCAUGUUCGGCGUAGUGGGUAUUCCGGUCACCUCUUUGGCGAACCGUGCUGUCUCUCUUGGCGUCCGGUUUAUCGCCUUUCACAAUGAGCAAUCCGCCGGAUAUGCCGCCUCUGCAUAUGGGUAUCUCACCGGCCGUCCGGGUGUCUUACUCACAGUCUCUGGUCCUGGCUGCGUCCAUGGGCUCGCCGGUAUGUCGAACGCCAUGGCCAACGCUUGGCCAUUGAUCAUGAUCUCCGGGUCCUGCGAUCAAAAAGACUUUGGCCGUGGAGACUUCCAAGAGCUUGAUCAGAUUGAGGCUGUAAAACCCUUCUCUAAAUUGUCAGUAAAAGCCAAAGACAUUAGGGAAAUACCGGAUUGCGUGUUCCGGGUCAUUGAUCGCGCCGUUUCUGGUCGGCCGGGCGCUUGCUAUUUGGAUCUUCCUUCUGAUGUGUUGCACCAGACUAUCCAUCAGUCAGAAGCUGAGAAAUUGUUGGAAGCUUUGGCUGAGAAUUUUGAGAAGAAGAAGAAGGAAGUGACCGAUAGCGUUUCGAAUUCGGACAUCGAGAAGGCGGUUUCGUUGCUUCGAAAUGCGGAGAGGCCUCUGAUUGUGUUUGGGAAAGGAGCUGCUUUUGCAAGAGCUGAGAAUGCGUUGAAGAACCUGGUGGAGAAAACUGGAAUCCCAUUUUUGCCUACUCCAAUGGGUAAGGGAUUGUUGCCGGAUACCCAUGAGCUGGCGGCGACGGCAGCGAGGUCGCUGGCUAUCGGAAAAUGUGAUGUGGCACUCGUUGUUGGUGCCCGGCUUAAUUGGCUGUUGCACUUCGGCGAGCCGCCCAAGUGGUCUAAGGACGUGAAGUUCAUUCUGGUUGAUAUUUCUAAGGAAGAGAUUGAGUUGAGGAAACCCCAUUUGGGUUUGGUUGGAGAUGCUAAAAGGGUUUUGGAAUUGAUCAAUAAGGAGAUUAAGGACGACCCAUUUUGUUUUUCCAAGUCUCAUCCAUGGGUGGAAUCCUUAUGGAAGAAGAGCAAAGAUAAUGUUUCGAGGAUGGAGGCUCAGUUGGCUAAGGAUGUUGUGCCUUUUAACUUCUUCACUCCAAUGAGGAUUAUUAGAGAUGCAAUUCUUGGGGUGGGAAGCCCUGCUCCUAUAUUGGUUUCCGAGGGGGCAAACACCAUGGAUAUUGGUCGAGCUGUGUUGGUUCAGACGGAGCCGAGGACGAGAUUGGAUGCAGGGACUUGGGGAACAAUGGGGGUUGGUCUGGGUUACUGCAUUGCAGCUGCCGUGGCUUCUCCUGAUCGGCUUGUUGUCUCGGUUGAAGGGGAUUCUGGAUUUGGUUUCAGCGCAAUGGAAGUUGAGACCUUGGUUCGGUACCAGUUGGCUGUGGUCGUGAUCGUCUUUAACAAUGGUGGUGUAUAUGGUGGUGAUCGAAGGAACCCUGAAGAAAUUACUGGUCCUUUCAAAGAUGAUCCUGCACCCACUUCUUUUGUACCUAGUGCUGGAUAUCACACUUUAAUUGAAGCUUUCGGAGGCAAAGGUUAUCUAGCCGCAACACCUGAAGCACUCAAGGCUGCACUUUCCGAGUCUUUUUCUGCAAGAAAACCAGCUGUUAUAAACGUUAUAAUUGAUCCUUACGCUGGUGCAGAAAGUGGUAGGCUGCAACACAAGAACUGAUGUAGCCAAGCCAUUUCAAUUGGUAGGCGGGCUUGUUUUGCUCUCGGAGUUGGAGUUGGAGUUGGUUUGUGAAUUUGCUGGUUAAUAAUAACAUUAAAAAAAAUUUAAAAAAUUAAAAAUACUAAUAAAAAAAAAAACAUUAAAAUUGUUGAAUUUUGGUGUAUAGUUUCCCUGUUAUCAUGAAAAUCAGAGCACCUCACGCAUUCCUCAGUUCUGUGUAAUUCCAAGAGAUAUUGAAUCAGUAUCUUCGACUAAUGGGAUUGACACGUUUGAAAUUA